CAUUGACGACAGACUGCGAGUAAAGUGAUCAGCUCGUUGGAUGUUGCAGCCUCCAAUCCAACAUCGUAAGCUCGCCGCGCAAAAAUCUCCGAGUUCAAAUAACCGUACAAAUAAACUAGAUUGCAUUUACUACUGUGUGCGUGUGUGUGUGUGUUCAUAUACAUAUGUGUGCGUUUUUGAACGUGUAUGUUCCUCUGCCGUGCGCCCAUUAAUGUUUAUGUGGGAGUGUGUGACUCUUGGUGUAAAUCUGUGUGUGUUUUUGUAUGUCCAUUUCUAUGAGUACGACUAUAAGUAUAUAUAGCAGCGCCAAAAGUUGCAUAUGUUCAUUCGAACAUCAAACUUCUUCGAUAAACGUCAAAUUCUAACGGAAGAUCAUAAAUCGAAAAUCAAUCGAGAUCGCCAUUUGCUCCAAAAAGUGUAAUUACACUUCCGGUACAUAGUUUUAUUCGAAGUGCAGGAUGAUGGCACCAACGUAUGAGUCGUAGUGAAACCGGACUCAUUUGCGUGUUUCCAAAUUUACACGCGUCUUACAAACAGUGCAAAUAACAAUAGAUAAAAUACGAACAUACAUACUCAUGAACUUACUUGUAGUAUCAACAUAACAUAUGUAUGUGCAUACAAAAGUACGUUAAUAUUAUAUAUAUUUACGUAUACAUACGUCCAUAAAUACGACACACACGCGAUAGGGGAUUACUUUUUCGUAGUCGUACUCUCUCGCACUCGCACUUGCCGCACACGCACUCACCAAUUGCAAUCGCCGGAGACGCCGCCACACCAGAUUCGUAACUGCUGCUUAAUUUCAACGGCGCAGCAACAGCAGUCGGGGCCUAGGCAGCAUUUGUGAAUGUUGGUGGAUGCUAAUGUGGAUGUGAGUUAUACAACCAAGAUAGACGACUGACAGCUGUCUGGCUGGGAACUGAGAGAGAACACAUAAUCUGACUAUAAGUUAACUACUAUAAUAAUUAUCAGGCCGAAGUAUUAUCAGUGCAACGGUGCAGCGAUCAUUGACGACGCCGACUUAAAGGGCGGACGCAGGGGGAAAAGUAACGAAGGGGAAAGCAAAGAGGAGACGCAGAAGGCAGAGGGAGAGUACACCACAAUGUCAUCAUUUGAGAUUCGCCAAAUCCAACGCCAUUACUGCAAAAACAGUAUUACAACGCAGACGAACAGUUGAAUACUGUUCUCUUUGAGGUGCGCACAAUUUCAGGAGCAAGUUGGGACUGGAGAAUAUUACGACACACACAGCGGCAAGCGACAACAAUUAGUAAUUUGCAGCAACAGCAACAACAUAGCAACAUAAUUAAUUUUGUCAUUCACGGAAGACACAAAAUGUUGACCACGGACAAGUGCUCAUCAGGUUCCCCAAUGCCGAUCAUAGUGAGCAGCUGCACAAGGGCAACGAAAUCUCAAUGUCAUGCUAUAACGACGGCAUCCGAGCAUAAUAUACACCUAUCGCCACAGCACACAGGACCACAACAUUCCCAUUGUCAUUCCCAACCCCUUCAGCAUCCUCAUUCACAUACUCACUCGCAUCCACAUUCUCAUUCAGUACAUCAGACCCAUAAGCAUCCAAUUCCAAUUAUCAGAAAAUAUUCAGCGGAUGCGCCACGGCGAGAUCUACAUGAGCUACUUCUGGAGAUAUUGGAUGUACUGCUCUCCUGCCUUGUCGUUGCACCCUGCGUGAUCGCCUACUGGCGGGGUACCUGGGAACUCAUGGGAGUCCUUCUCAUCCCCAGUAGUUUGCCAUUAUCGGCACUAGCCUCUUUUCUAAUUGGAGGCCUGGGACACUUUAUAUUUAUCGUCACUCAGGACUUUUUCAAGGAUCACAUACAUCCGGAUAAGCGACGACUUACAUACUACGCCAUCUCGCGUAUUUACACCGCCGUCUUUGGUAUUAUUUGUGUCAACAUGUGGCGUGGGUCAUGGAUGCUCUGCGACUGGCUGACAAGCAUCGAUUCCUUGGUCAUCAUCUCAGUGGUAACAUUAAUCGCACUGCUCUUUUUGGUCGGCACUCGAACUCUCCGAAAUCUAGGCGCAGCUCCCUACACAGUUACCAUGGAUCACAAGAGCGACUAUUUCGAGGUGGACACAAUGUUCAAAAUAUCGGGUUUCAAUCAACCUGGCCUUUAUCUGUUAGACACCUUAUUCUCUGUCUUUGUAAUUGGUACCUUAGUAGUAAUUGCGUGGCGAGGUCUCUGGGGAAUCUUUGACCUAACCUUGUUUCCGCAGGACAAAGCGAAGUCUGCCUGGGGUUCACUGCUGAUAGGUUACCUAACUGUUUUUGUCACCUUUAUUAUUCAACCAUUAAUGCGCUACGUUUGCCGUCGUAUUAAUGGCAUCCUCAAGUUAAUUAUUUGCGACAUUUACUAUUUAAUGAUCUUUUUUGGAGCGGUUAAUGCCUGGCGCGGAAUUUGGAAUCUGCUCGAUGUUUACCUGUAUCCCGACGAUCGUAUUUUGAGCUUCUGGAUUACGCACGUCAUUCCAUUUUUGCUGCUCGCCGCUCUGAAGUGUUCCAACUCCAUUCUAGUGCGAGGAGUGUUCAUUGAUGCUGAGGGAUCCGGAGCUGACUGUGUCCUUAUACCGAUUAACUACGUUCGCUUGCAUUUUCUACGGGAACGUCGCAAGAAAGUAGAGUCUGCGCAGUAUCGCCAUAGUAGUCACGCUGGCCAUUUCGAGCCACCAGAUUAUUACCUGAAGUCAGAACACGCAACGCUGGCAAAACAUUUGGAAAAGGACAAGGAGGCACAACACAAUCUUAUAGAGAAACCGCAAAAUGCGACACAGAUCAUUUAAAGGCUGAAUUUCAGUCAAUGACUAAUGAUAUUGCUUCAUAUUUAACUAAUUACGCUCGUUUAAACUUUAUACUAAAUAGAGACUAGUUGUUAAACUAAUUUUAUAAGCAUCAACUUAAUUGUUACCCAAGAAUCGAUAACAAUGUUUGCUGGAGCAAGCAUACUUAAAGGCCUGGUCUGGCCUUUGCCUGGGUUAUGAGCAUUUAGACAAGGGUCAUAACCAGCUCCAACUUGUAUAUAUAGUAGUACUGUACAAAAUAAUUACUACGUGUAUACUCGGAAUAUACCGUAGUGCGUACUAUAUAAUGUUAAUUAUGUGAAUGUAUGUUCAAAGAAAUGUGCAUUUGUUCUAAUUUGUUUUAUGUUUCGAUUUCAUUUUAUAUAUAAGUACUAUAUCGUAAAUUGAAAUUAAGAUUUCGCUUUCAACACACAUCUAGUGCAUUCAUCGAAAUAAUUGUAAAUACAAAACAGAUAUGCAAUAUGUGGUCUAUUUUCUUGUCUUACACCUUAUAAAAGGUCAGCUGCAGACCUUAAAAUGUUUAAUACUUAAGAAAUUCACUAUUAAAAACAAUAAAAUGUGGAGGUCAAGGACGUCUACCCGACUCUCGACCAACUCGGUCAUAUAAAAAUUA